AUGACAGACUCUGUGCCGCAUCCAAAGACAAUCCUGCGAGGUCACAAGGCCCAGGUACACGCCCUUACCUUCAUUCGUGGCAAUGAAAGGCUUGUCAGCGGCGACGCUGAAGGCUUCGUCGUGCUGUGGGACCUUACCAUAAUGCGCCCAACGGCAGUUUGGAGGCCACACGAGAACGCAAUUUUGGGGGUUCAAGGCUGGGGCCAUGAUCGCAUCAUAACCCAUGGUCGGGAUCACAGGCUUGUCGUCUGGCAGCUUGGCCGCGACGACGAGGCUGCGCUCAGCAAGAAGCUGCCUCUAGAUGAGACAUCGGAGCCUAGGCCUCAACCGCAAAUUCUGCACAUCGUUGACGUCAAUACGAUGAACUUUUGCUCCUUUGCAUCUUGUGUUCCUCGAAAGGGCGACGCGACAGAAGCCACAGACCUACUGCUAGCCGUGCCAAACACGCUAGCUUCGGAGUCGGUCGACAUUUACGAACUACCGUCGCAGAGGCGACUUCACACUGUUAAAACCAGUGACAAGAAUGGCAUGGUUAUGGCCCUGGCCCUACUGUACGUUGACGGAGCUUUGCCUGGGAGCCCGUCCGCCAAUGGCACCUUGACCCUUGUUGCCGCCUACGAGAAUGGCUUGGCAACAGUUCUGCAGCUCACAACCAAUGGUACAUGGAGCACCGUUUACUUGUCCAAGAUCCAUCAACAACCAAUACUUUCACUCGACGUUGUUGCGGAUCAACAGUAUUUUCUUACCUCCGGGGCGGACGCAGUCGUGGCGAAGCAUCCUCUUCCGGGUCCUAACUCCGCCGGUGAGGAGCAACCCGUACAGCAUCCACUGAAGAUUUCAAACACCAGGCACGCUGGCCAGCAAGGUUUACGCGUCCGGGACGACGGCCGCAUUUUUGCGACGGCAGGGUGGGAUUCAGCCGUUAGAGUGUAUUCCUCCAAGACGCUUAAGGAAGUAGCGACCCUUAAGUGGCACCAGGUGGGAUGCUAUGCUGUCGUCCUGGCUAGCGUCAGUGUCGAUCCUCGGGCGGGUGACAACGGGGUUGCUUCAAGCGAGGCUCAUUCUCAGGAGCUGCCCCGCGAUCUUGUGCCUCGACUGGGGCAGCUCACCGUUAAAGAUAGACGCAUACUCCAGGCCCAGACCGCCCAUUGGCUGGCCGCUGGAAGCAAAGACGGCAAAAUUUCGCUGUGGGAUAUUUUCUGA